AUGAAAGCGCAGCUUUGCCCCGUGGAACAAGCUUCAAGGCAGCCCACGCACACACAUACGGCGAAUGGCGGGGGCCCGCGAGCGGGGGGGGGGGCGGAGGGGGGGCGCGGGUGGGGGGCCGGGAGGGGGGGGGGGCGCGGGCGCGGGGGGGCGGGCGGGGGGGGGGCCGGCGGCGCGGGCGGGGGGGGGGGCGGGCGGGGCGUGGGGCGGGGGGAGGGGGGGGGGGCGGGAGCGGGCGGGGCGGGGAGGGGGGGGGCGGACGAGGCGGAGGCGGGUGGGGCGGGCGGGGGGGGGCGGGGGGGGGGGGCGGGGGUCGCGGUGGGGCCCGGCGAGGGAGGGGAGGGGGGGGAGGGCGGGGGGGGGGGGGGUGGGGGCGGGGGGGGGGCGGCCGGGAGGGGCGCGGGGGGUGGGGGAGGGGGGCGGGGGCGGGGGGGCGGGUGGAGGGGCGGCGGGGGGGGGGGGCGGGUCGGGCGUGGGAGGGGGGUGGGGGCGGGGUUGGGCGGGGGGGGGGGGGAGGCGGGGGGGGGGAGGCUGGGGGGGGGGGGGCGAGCGGGGCGGGGGAGGGGGGGGGGGGGGGGGCGGCGGGCCGGGGGAGGCGGGGGUGGGCGGCGGGCUGGGCGGGCGCGGGGGGGUGGGGGGGGGCGGGGGGGGCCAGCGGGGCGGGGGGGGGCCGCGGGUGUGGGGGGGGGGCGGGGGGGCAGCUGGGGGGGGGGGGGGGGGCGGCGGGGUGGGGGGUGCGGGGCGCAGGCCGGCGGGGCGGAGACUACCGGCACGUUAGGCGCGGGCGCCGGGAGUGACUGA